AUGACAGCUUUGGGGGAGUACAUGCGAGCGCUUCUGGCGAAGGCCCCGUCCAAAGACAAUUGGCCUGGGAUUGGGGACGAAAUUUCUUACACGCUCAAAUCGAUGGCUGAAAUAUCCGUGACAGAGAUUCCGAUAGGUACCAACUCCGAUCCUGGCUAUGGCGUUGGAACAAACGACGGUAGACGUGAGAGCUCUGAAGGGAUCGAGAAUAUCGCGGUGGUGUAUGACGAAGCUAAAAAGCGUCAGAAGCGCCAGAUCCUUAUCUCCACGAUUUGGAGUUGCACUGCGGCAUGGGAGCCCCCACACCUCCCCAGGAACAAGACCAAGAUGCCAAAGUCCCCAACAAUAUUAUUAGCCCUCGUCUACUUGCAUGUAUACUCGCCAUGUCAGGAAGCGAGGUGGUUGCGCCUGUCUUUGGGAAGGUCGGGCCUGGAAUGCCAGGCUGAGUCCGCGCUUGACAUCUUCCAGGGAUUUGUUGAUGCAUCCAGUAUCGAUAAUGGUUUUCGCAUGCCUACGUUGUAUUAG